UGGCACCGCUCUCUCACCUCCUUCGUCAUGUCUGCUCUCCGUGCUGCUCGCCAACUCACCGCGUCUGUGUCGAGGUUAUCGAAGCCGCUGGCGUCGUCAAGUCGUCUCGUUGCACGCAUUCCUGCCCGUACGGCUGUGGCCUCCGCCUGGACAAAUGCGCCGCGUUCCGCGUUUUCGACUUCGUCAAGAGUACAGAAGGCUGGAAGCACGGACCUUGCUCUGAGCCAGAAGUUCGAGGAAGAGCUAAAGUACGAGCUGGAGGCUUCCGCUGAACAGACGGACGAGCCCGAGUUCCUCAAAACGUUCAAGGCGCAGGGUCACUGGACGAUUGACAAUGUCGACGGCGCUGACGAGGUUACGCUCGUGCGGAAGUUCGGCAAUGAAGAGAUCCGCAUGAUGUUCAGCAUUGCCGACCUCCAAAGUCCCGCGGAGCCCGAAUUUGAAGAGGAGGGUACCGAGGCCGAGCAGGAGUCCAGCGAACAGCCCUUGACCUCCUACCCCAUCCGCGUCGCCUUCGCGAUCACGAAGUCGGAUGCCCCCGGCGCAAUCCAGGUCGACGCCAUGUGCCAGGAGGGUGCGUUCCUGAUCGAGAACGUCUCUUACUACGCCGACGCCAAGCUCGGCACUGCCGUCACCGCCGAUGCGGACUGGAGCCGUCGCGGGCUGUACGUUGGCCCCCAGUUUGAGACGCUCGACGUCGGGCUGCAGGAGGAGUUCGAGAAGUGGCUCCAGGAGCGCGGUAUCAACGAAACGCUCGCGCUUUUCGUGCCGGAGUUCUGCGAGUACAAGGAGCAGAAGGAGUACGUUCGAUGGCUCGGGAACAUGAAGAAGUUCAUCGAGGCUUGAUGGGAGUGUGCCGUCGUCCGUGGCAUGGAGUUCGCACCGUCGAUUAUCGACAAAAGUUAUCCAUAAAUGCGUAUAUAAUGUGCUAGAUGCUAAUGACUACCAUCCAUCGCUCGUUCCUUGGCGGUC